AGUGUGUACAUUAUACACCAGAACCACCCCUGACAUAGAGACAAACAAGAAACGCAAGUAGAGAUCAGACAUGGGAACAGUUAGUAGCAUUGGCUUCCCUUCAGUAUUCAGAGUUCCUGUGCAUACGCAACCGUUUUCAAAGCAGAUGAAGAUGAAUAAAUCAGCAUGCGGUUUUGUGGUUCCUCUUAAAUACUCUGUUACGCGGAGUCAAAUCUGUUGUAAAUUAUCAGAAAGUGGGAUUGAGGAGAACCCCACAAGCAAGAAGGCCUCAAAAUCCAAGGACAGAAUGGAGGACUACAAUUUAGCUAUGAAGAGGAUGAUGAGGAACCCUUACGAGUAUCAUCACGAUCUGGGUAUGAAUUACACACUGAUUACUGACUAUUUGGUUGUGGGCUCUCAACCACAGAAACCCGAUGACAUAGAUCACCUGAAAAAGGAAGAGGGUGUGGCAUACAUUCUUAACUUGCAACAAGAUAAGGAUAUUGAAUAUUGGGGAAUAGACUUGCAGUCAAUAAUACGAAGGUGUGGUGAACUCGAAAUUAGCCACAUGAUGAGACCGGCAAAAGACUUUGAUCCUGAUUCCUUGCGAAGUGAACUACCUAAAGCGGUCUCAUCCUUAGAAUGGGCAAUUUCUGAGGGAAAAGGAAGAGUUUAUGUGCAUUGUACGGCUGGACUUGGAAGAGCUCCAGCAGUGGCAAUUGCUUAUUUAUUCUGGUUUUGUGACAUGAAUUUAAAUACAGCAUAUGAUAUGCUAACUUCAAAAAGACCUUGUGGGCCAAAUAAAAGGGCAAUUCGUGGAGCUACUUAUGAUUUGGCCAAGAAUGAUCCAUGGAAAGAGCCAUUUGAGAGUCUUCCAGAACAUGCAUUUGAGGAUAUAGCAGACUGGGAAAGGAGCUUGAUUCAAAAUCGUGUCCGAUCCCUUCGUGCAACUUGACAACUUACUUAGGUUUCUACCUAUGGAGACUCCGGGAUAGAUUGGCAACCUUGCAGUGAUGGUGUCAGGUGCCAUGAUACUGCUCAAAACUGGAUACUUUUUCAAGCUUAUUCAUAGAGAUAUGGGCAUAUAUAGCUGGUAAUUUGUAUGAAAUAUAUGAUAUAGUACUGGAUGGUAGAUAAAUCAAUUUUGCGAAUAAUGCACCAUAAUUGUAGAGUUUGUAUGAAUGUCUGAGAAUUCAAAAUGCUUAGUUGAUCUAAUGAACAACCAACAAGCAGAAAACUUGCUCAUCUUUCAUAAAUUUAUACAAUUUCCCCCUCCUGUUGGC